AUGUCUAGCACAGAUAAAGUUGACACAGCUGGGAAAUCCCGUGUGCGAACCUCCGAAACAACACCGUCUAAAGUUGGUUCGGAAGACACUGGUGGUAAGACUAAAGUUAAACGCGUUACUACUAAAGUUGGUGCGAAGAGCUCUUCAAAGACCUCCAAAAGUUUCAAAGCUGGACUUACAUUUCCGGUUGGUCGUAUGGGUCGACUUCUUAAGAAAGGACGUUACGCCGAUCGUGUAGGUGCAGGUGCGCCGGUCUAUUUGGCUGCCGUUAUUGAAUAUUUGACGGCCGAGGUCCUCGAACUUGCUGGUAACGCUGCACGUGAUAACAAGAAACAAAGAAUUAUUCCAAGACACUUGCAAUUGGCUAUACGAAAUGACGAAGAAUUGAACAUCUUGUUGAGAAACGUCCAUAUUUCCGAGGGUGGUGUACUUCCAAACAUUCAUUCUGAACUUCUUCCUAAGAAGAAAGGUGAAAAAGUCAAGUCAAGCACCACAGAAACUACAAAGAAACCGAAAGCCAAAUCUCAAGGGGCGAAAACGACUGCUGCUGCUUAA